AUGUGCUCCUCCUAUCCACUUCUAACCCUCAACCCUCUUGCCGGUUACAGCCUUUCGGCAGCUCUCUAUCCAUCUGCAAUCACCAACCCCCACGGCUUCCGACUUCCAUUCAACCCACACCACCAAAAACGUUCUCGAAGGCAGUUCUGCUGUGUAGCACCUUGUUACUCACUUUCAGCGGCAUUGCCUGUGCCGGCCGUUCCUUAA